AUGACCACCCCAGACGCCGAAGAUGCAUCUCCCUCGCCGGAGUACAGGAGUGAUCAGGACGACGAUAUGGCUGCCGAACAGACUACAGACCGCCAGUCCGGCGAUGCCUCGCCCACCCAGAAGCCUGCAAACGGCAAACCCAAUGCAAAGGAUCCUCUAAGACCACGGAGAAAGAAGGCGCGGAGGGCAUGUUUUGCCUGCCAGCGCGCCCAUCUGACAUGUGGCGAUGAAAGGCCGUGCGGCCGCUGCAUCAAGCGAGGUCUCCAAGAUCAUUGUAUGGACGGCGUGCGAAAGAAGGCAAAGUACCUUCAUGACGCACCAGAUGGCUCUCUCAUGCCCGGUGUGGGCGGCCACUACCCGUACAUGAACGGAAACCGCCCAACACCACUUCCGGCUCAGGACACACAUACAGUCUCUGUCUCUCCACAAAGCAACAUGUACAAUCAAGCCCAGCCACCGGCCGCAUUCUAUCCGCCAAAUUCGAUACCAGGCCAACUACCCGUUACUCAGGACACGCGAGCUUUUAGCAACCAGCAGUCGCCGAUAUCACCGCCGUUUACCCAGGCCCACCACGCUUCGGUGCAAAAUGCAGGUGCGCCGAGUACCAUGUCACAGGGUCAGCAAGGUAUGCAACAGUUUGGACCCUUGUUCGACCCCAGCGACCCAGCCUUGUUCAAUUUCGAUAUUUCCAGUCUGAACUUUGGGAACCACUAUGGUGCGCUCGAGUUUGGCAUGCUCGGCCACAUGUCAUCAGGUGCAGUCGAGACACCGCAUGACAAUAACCUGAUGAACAACAUGAGCGGUUCCGUGAACAUGUAUAAUCAGCAAGUGCCGUCCGGUUACCCGGAUCAAAAUAAUGCGGCCGCUAUGGCAUUCGGUCCGAAUGGGCUCCCUGGCAGCGAAUGGCAAGAGACGCAAUCGCGGCAGGGAAGUAUGCACGUUCACACGCCAAACAAUACCUCGGGUAGCGGCAGUCACGACCACCACCCUCACCGAAAUGACAGCCUCAAUGGUCCUCACGCGUUUGCCAUUGGCCAAGGACCAGCCACACAUUCUACAGCAAGUCCGGCAUCCACCGAUGCGUCUACGUACGAGGGUGAUAAUCCACUAUCUACGGCAGCAUUCUUUGCGAAUGCUAAUCGGCCGCAUGCACAACGGUCACCCUUGGUCAGUCGGCCGCAACAGGAAAAUAGGCCUCCAACCACAGCACUGCAAUCAAUACACGCAAAUGGCAUUCGUAAACGCCAACGAGAUACCAAGAGCGUGUAUCAAGGCAUUACCAAGCCUUAUGACUAUGUUAAGGGCUAUCAUAGGCUGUAUCAGCUGAUUGACAAGAAGUACUCCAGGCCAUGGGUCGCCAAAGCACAACAAUAUCUACAAAAUUACCGACCCGUUCUCUUACAAGUUCGUGAAGAGCUGAACCGAGACGAUCUAAUACACCAAGAAAUGGGUCUACAACGCCAUCUCAUGACACUUCAAGAGCACUUUGCCGAAGUAGGUACCCCCUUCCUCAUCUGCCGGCGCUCAGGCGAGAUCGUCGGUAUAAACAAGGAAUUCACCAUCCUCACGGGCUGGAAACGCGAUGUCCUUCUCGGCCACGAACCCAACCUCAACGUCAACCUCGGCACCAACCGCGAAUCCAGCGAAAGCGAUACCUCUACCCAAAACACAACUCCUAACCUCUCAGCCCAAGACUCCGAGGGCGCUACCCCCAGCGUCAACAUCAUCGAGCUCAUGGACGCAAGAUCAGCCCUAGAAUUCCUUCAGCACUUUUCUGAACUCUGUUAUCAGGACCCACGCGGUUAUGCUUCCCAACGUGUUAAUAUGCUGCGAUAUCAGACCAAAGCAGACGUUGACCGCAUUCACAACAUGAAGAAUGCAAGUUCUGGCGACGCGAAAUUGGAUCCAUUGGUCAAGAUGGAAGGCGGAGCUGUACAUCAGGGUGAGAGUGCUAUGCAGCGGCUUGGUGCCAAGAGCGGAAUGGUCGAUUGCAUGAUUUGGUGGCAUAUCAAGAGAGACAUCUUCGAUAUGCCGGUGCUGGUUUGUAUGAGUGUUAUGCCUGUUCUUGAUAAAGGUCUUCCAUAG